UGCGAUUAUAGCGUUCUUAACAACAAGCGCUGGUAUGUAAAAAAGGUGUUGUGAGAGAUUAAGGUUCCAAUCGUUAUUUACGUACUGAGUAACGAUAACAGAUUUGUAUGAGCAACAUGGAUGGGCAGAGAAGAAUUAUUGAUGCUGGCAUCACGCAAGGAUAUCACGAUUCAGGAGGCAGUUUGCCAACAAAUAUAAACGAAUUUUUAGCCGCUGAAAAUUUGAGUGACUGGCCAUACCCUAUGGCACUUGAAGGUCCUUUAGACUUUCAGGGUGAAGGAUUACUUUUAGGUACUCAGGAAGACAUUGCAGACCUCCUUCGUGAGUCAGCACCUUUGGGGCUAGGUCUGCUUGACGACCUUGAGGACCGACUUCAGGCUAUUGAGGAGAAGCUUAAUGCUUAUGCUGUUCACAUUGUCACAGAUGACAAACGUCCCUCUCGUCUUGCAGAACGACUUUUCCAUUCUCCUACUCGUGCAUUUUUAACAGAAUCACAAAAUUUUGGUACUCUUGCAUCAUGCUUUUCUUCCAGAGGGCAAAAGAGCAUGGAUUUUGCAGACACUAUGAUGGAAACCAAAAAGCGCAGUUUGGAUUACUGCAUGUUUCCUGGCUUCCGCCAUGGAGAGCUUGUGGAAUUGCCAGCCCAGUUAGAAGCUCCACCAUUAUUACACAAGAUCACAAAAAUACAAAAGUUUAAUGCAGGGUUUCGUAAGUUUUGGAAGAAACUUUUCUUGUCAGAGGCUUCAGCUGCAAUCAUGCAGGACUCCUUUUGGUGGAUCUUUUUGGACAAGUUUAGCAAAGAAGUAUGGAAACAAAGAAAGGAUCUUCUUUUUGAUCGAAUUGCUGAUAGUUAUGUGGCGCUUUUCAGUAGCAUCAACUCUGAUGUAAAGGACAAAUUCCUGUCGGUAUAUCCAAACUGUUUGGCACAAACUGUUUUCUUCGCCUACACUACUGCAUUCCCAGAGUCUCGUUGGCGAUUUGAUGACAGUUUUAAACAGUACCUGGUUAAUCUAUUCUGUGAAUGGGUCACAGGCUUAAAGCCAGUGCCAGGAACAUGGGAAACAUGGAACAUGAGUGGUCUUGAGGCUAGCAGUGGUGGGGAUAUUGAAACUGGUGCAGCUGCCAAGAAAAUGAUGGAAGCAGCUGCCUUAAACAAGAAAGUUGAUGUCAGUCUGGAUAUGGAAUCCUUUGAACGUCUUGUUGAUCAGCUGGGAAAAGAACAGAAUCCACUUCCUCAAGCUUCAGGUGAAGUCAGCAAGCCAGGAGGCCCCAGUUAUACCCGCCUAGCUAAUAGUUUUCCACAAGCGAAGAAAACAGCAAAAGAGUCACAUCAGAUUGGACGGCCAGAAUAUGAACGGGUAAAAUUCAACACCCAAGGUCGAAGCCCUCUUAUCUCACAUUAUUUGCACAUGCACCAGUUGCGAAAUUUCAAGCAGCCUGGCAAGAAAGUCCGUCGCACAGAGAUUACAAAACUUCCUCUACCCGGUCUGACAUACCAGCAAUUCAUCCACGAGAAAGAAGCAGCUUCCGAUGCACUUUGUCGAGAAUACACAAGGAUCUGUGAAGCCACUGACCAAGAGAUCUUAGAACUUGAGCGUCGCAAGCAUGAAGUGAACCGUACUAUUGAUGGACUGAAGAGAGAACUGACAUUUUGUAAGAGUGCAGCUGAGCGAAAAGCCCUUAUUGAAAGAUUCGAAGAGCUUAAGGAAGCAGACAAGGAUGUUCCCCUAAUAGACCACAAACCUGAGGCCAGUCUACAGAACCAGGCCGAAGAUUGACAAAUCUGGACAGGGCAUCAGCGAUGUUUGUUGAUGGACGUUCUUUAAGGUGGUUGCUUUGGGGUUAUCAACAGGAUGAGGAUUUGACAUGACAAUGAGGAGACAUAAAACUGGAAUGCUCAAAAGGUUCUCAGACUGAAGUUCAUUUGGGGAAUUUUCCUCCCGAGAAACAAAUUUCAAAGACCUGGGAUGGAAAAUAAAAUUUAUUUAGGGCUAGGGGGAGGAGACCGUGAAAAGGUAGGGCAGGUGGGAGGAGACAGUUCAAAAAGUAGGAGCUGGACUUGGUAAGAAUAAGGAUGUACUACAGAAAGACAGGUCAAACAAUCCUGACUCGAUUUUGGAUUUGCGACUAUUAGCUGCCACCACUUAACAACGGGGAUACCACGAGGUUGGGGAUUUAAAAGCCUUUGAGGUUAGGCUUAGUGAGCUGGGGUGAUUCUGAAGGUAAAUCUGAUAAACAGUGUGGUCAGUUUCUCAAUAAUCUCUAACUAAAAAGAUGGUAUUGUUUGGAGGAUUCAGGGAUCACGUUGACAGGUAAAAGGAGAGUGGUGGAGGGGGUAAGGAAAGUGACAAAAGAAAAACAUGCUGAGUAAGAGACAGCUGUACAGAAAACAGUGAAGUGCCUGAUUGUUGCCAUUUGGCUGAGUGUUGGCUUCAUCUCUUUCUUACAGAUAAUCAGUUUGACUUUAUGAUAUUGAAACUGUGAUUCUGUUUCUUCUAGCCAGUCAUAAAAUAAUAAUGAAUGCAAAAUUUGUAUAGCGUAUGCUCAAUGUGGGUUUCAGAUUGGAAUAAAGCUUUUCAAGACUUUGUCAGUGCCAGAUACUAUCAGGAACAAUACUUAAGACUUCUUGCUGUGGUAGGGAUUAACCAAUCAGAAAGUUAAAAAGAAACGGCGUUGCUUUUCAUCAGAAGAACUUGCGGAUAUUUAUAUUUUCAACAAAAUUAAAAUUAGCCUAGGGUGGUGGAAAAGUAAUGAAAGUCAGCUUCACAGCAAAAACGAAAAGGCCAUCUUGAUUAAUAUAGGCAUAAUCCAGUAUUUCUUUUAAACUUGUUUUGAGAAUGGCAUCUCAGAUCCCACAUUUCUGAAAGAAAAACAAUUUAAACGCUCUCUCUCACACACACACACACAAAGGAGAAGGGGGUAACCAAACGGAUAAUUACUUUUACAGAAGACAGAAAGGAAAAACUAUUGACGCUUACAUGAAAGCAGUCUGCAGGUGAGUGCAUGCUGAUGUUUGUGUGUGCACACAGUACUUGGAUUUUUAGCAGAGAGUAAGAACACUCUGGUAUAUCGGGCUUUAUUGUAGGGGUCACAGGUCAAAGACUAUUGAUGAAAGAAAUCCAUUGUGCAGCGUUUUAUCCCACCCCACCCCCUAAACUUGUAUACCUAUCACAGCACAUGUACGCAAAGAGCAACACAACCAUUUCAUUUUUCAGUUGCUUUAGUUGUACAUGUGAGCCACUACUACCAGCAACGGGAGGGAAAGAUUGCAAAGCAUCAAAUUAAAUUCGGAAGACCAGAUGUUUUCUUAACACAAUCUGUUUGAUAGCCACACUUCUUGGAAAUGUCUACAAUUUAAGCACAUUUAAAAACUAAAGUAUACUUAGUCCGCAAGACGCCUCAGUUCUCUACUAAUUUCGAUGAAAGUACUAUGUACAGAAACAUUUGCAAGCAAUAAUGGUCGUGGUUCAAGUGUUGCCGGACUGACCCACAAAGCGGUUGGAUUAAAGUCACACCCUCGUACGUUCUGAUGAAGAUCAUGACAUGCACCUGAUCGUUUUUGUCGACAACACCAGCUCUGACCUCUCAGGAACUUGUGGGAUCCACCUUAACAAAGUUUAUAAGAAAAUCUCUAUAAACCUGUUUCUUGCCUUACGCUCGUCCGCUGGUGGAAGUUUUGAUCGUUGCACAAGCAGCUUCAACUUUCUGUGUUGUGCUGUGCGAAAACAUAAAAUUCCUUGAUAUCCUUGACAGUUUGGGGCUACAUCACUAGUUUCACUUAGUUGAAAUUAAGGCUGCUAAGUUCUAAUGUAUUUAAAUUUCGUUUAUUCUUCAACGUGUACUGACAUUGUGUGAUGACAGUUUGAAGAUACCAGUUGCAUACCUAAAGGGCUUUAGUAGGAUAUGAAAUGCUUAGUAAACAGAUAUUUACUCCAAUAUUUCAUUAUUGUGUAUAUUUUUAUGGUAGUGUGUAGACGAGGGGGCGGCGAUGGUGGGUGGUCGCCGGAAGAGGCCGAAAAUAGUUUUGCUGAUGCAUGCGGGAAAAAUGCUGAUGCAGAAGACCGCGAAAAGUGACCCACCCGAGGGGUAUAUAAGGAGACAGGGCAGUUAGUGUGGGAGGAAAAGUAUGUGAGAUCAAGGUUCGCCAGAGCCAGCAGCAUCGACUGGCAUCAGUAAUACAAACUAAGAACCCA